AUGAUUACAGGCAAUCUGUUCAGAAAGGUUUAUCUGCUGAGAUUUAGAUUCUCCACUUCAUAUGCUGAACUAAUAGCUUCAAAUAAAGCUAAUAGAGUGUAAGAUGUGGGAAGCUUGAAAGAAUUGUUAGAUUAAAUUUAUUAAACUAAGCCAUAUUUACAUUGCAUCAUAUUUAAUUAAGUUGGACAUCCAUAGUACAUAAUUGAUUAACUUAGCUAUUAAAAAGUAAAUGAAAUGUACAAUGAAAUUUCAAAUUAAUUUAUUGGUUUCAAAUUCUACAGGAUUAAUGUGGAUAAUUUAGAUAAGACAGCUUAGUUUUUUGGAGUCAAAGUAAAUUUAUUAUACUAUAAUUUAGAAUAUUCCAGCCUCACUAAUAUAUGGCCAAGGCUCGCCAUUAGCCAAACAUGUGGGAUUAGGAAAGAAAAUUCUCUAAAACAAAUUAGAGACAUCAUAAUCACUAACCCAUAAUACUGAAUUUAUUCCAGGCACAGAAUAAUGGGAAGGGCCGUAAGAUUUAUGGAAAGCCAAUUAUGAAGAUGAUUAAGAGCCAUUUGAUUAUUUUGCCCGCUGAU